AUGUUCGCCCUUUCGGAAGAGUCCAAGGAGCGCAUUGGCAAGCUCAUCGACAUCUCGCGGGUCGUUGUUCACUAUGGCUACCUGCCUUUGAUCCUCUACCUCGGCUACACUCGCAGUGUGCCCCGGCCUUCCAUCAUCCGCCUCCUCUCCCCGCUCUCCUAA